UCCCGCCCCUGGGAAAGGUACGAAGAUGGCCGCGAUCGCCGCCGACGUGGAGCCCGGGCUGGAGUCGGUGUUCCCGCAGGAGCUGGGGCUCUUUGCAGAUGCCUUCCCGGUAGAGUCCCGUUACCGGUUCUGCGGGCACGAGCUGAGCAUCGCCCAGCAUCACGGCGCCCAGCUGGGGGUGGCUGCGCCGGUUUGGGAGGCGGCUCUAACCCUCUGCGAGUAUUUUGAGGCACAGAAACUGAAUUUCUGGGGCAAGAAGGUUAUAGAGCUGGGUGCUGGGACGGGCCUCGUGGGCAUCCUUGCAGCCCUCCUUGGUGGCGAUGUGACCAUCACAGAUCUUCCUGUGGCCAUGAAGCAGAUAGAGGAGAAUGUCCGCCGGAACGUGCCUGCAGAAUGCAUGACACGAACCAGAGUUUGUGCUCUGUCAUGGGGUGUGGACCACAAAGAGUUUCCUGCAAAUUAUGACUUCAUCCUGGGUGCAGAUAUUGUCUAUCUCAAGCACACCUACCCCUUGUUGAUCAGGACUCUCCAGCAUCUAUGUGGUGCUCAGUCUACCAUCUACCUGUCUUCCAAAAUGCGUCAGGAGCAUAGUACGGCGCUGUUCUUUGAGAGUCUGCUCCCUGUGCACUUCGCCUCAAAGCUAGUCUUUCGAGAUGAGGUUGAGAAUAUUAAUAUCUACAAAGUGACCUGCAAAAGUGACAUCAGACAGUGAGCUUCUUGGUUUACCAAAGAGUGUAGCAAACACUGCCUUUACCUAUUAUUA